AUGUCCACCUCUAGAAACCUUACUCCUGAUGUUGAAGCUCUCAUCGAAGUUGGUCUUAAGAGAUCUGAGAUCAGCACUGAGGUCCGGCAUCCUGAAGUCGAUAAUGAAAUCAAUCUGGUUUGCAUUGGCACCCUGAGACCAUCGACAAGACUGCCCGGUGCGAAAGUCUUUGUGGACAUUACAGCAGAUACUUCGCUACCUCGUCACUCAUACAGUAUAGCACAUCAUGCUAACGCAAUGAUGUACGAGAUGAAAGAUGGUAGUCUCAAAGCCUUAGUACCACAGAAAAUUUGGAAGGUGCGAGGAAGAGACAUCCACCUAAUGAACAUCAUCAAACCCAGCCUCUCAAGCGACUUCCUCGAGGGAGACGCCAAACAACAGCUGGGAAUACUUCUGGGUUUCUGUUUUGGGGCUCUCCAGUGGGAGCUCAAAGGCUUGGAGGGGCACUUUGACGCAAAGAAGUGCCUCUUACAAACCUACAAAUUCCUUGAGAUAGGAAUUUUCGAUAAAUCUAAUGCAGGCUCUGCAGAGCCUUCUGCUGCCAGCCUAGGCUUGGAUUCGGAGAAUACUGCUGCUGAGUACGGUGACUCUUCGUCGGCGGACAGGGAGGAGGAGAUGGCUGAGUUUGCAGCAGAAGCGCACGCCCACUUUCAAAUGAUGGUAGCGUCGAUCGCAGAUGCAGCCCAUGACUUGGAUGGAACUACCCAGUCCCAGGUAGCAGCACUCCUCGCUAAGCAUGAAGAGGAGCUGGAUGAGUUCUUGGACGGUUUGUAG